CUUUUUUUUGUUUUCUGGGAUCCCUCGGAGGUGAACAUACGCGCCGAGAAUGCCCGCUGAGUCGACUGUGCGCACAGAGACAGGGGGGCGACCAACACAGCAUCUCCGCUGCUUGUUCUCCCUCGUUUUCUCCUUUGUUUUCUUUCCUGUUCUCGCUUGUGGCGUCUGAGCGUGGAGAGCCGCGUCCUCUUUCACUUUUUUCCUGGAGGGUGUAUGAGUACUCCGUGGAACGCGCUGGGUCCGUCGCUGCUUCGCGACGGCCGUCUCCGCCCCCCAUUUCUUUUGACUUUUCCCUGUGCCUUCUUCUUUUUUCGUGCUCUCUUUGGCCUUCAGUCUGAAGAAGAGAUGUGCAUGUAGCCACACAGAAACAAGGCGCAAACCGCAACUUUUUUCACUUCUCUAGUGCGGAUCAGACGAUUUCCAGAGCUGAUAACGCAGUCCAUGGAGAGAGACGGUCUCUGUUCUCUCUGCAUGCGAUUUCCACCGUUCCGUUUCGCUCCGAUUCUCUUUAUCUUCUCUUUGUUUCUCAUCGACACUGAAGAAGUUUUUUUGCCUCAGCAACGGCCCGCUUCUCGCUUUUUCCUCUCGACUUCCUCUCCUUUCUCCCCGCUGCGCUCGUCGGGAGUUUCUGAGCUUUCCAGCUCUCCCCCUUCUGCACCUCUCGUUCCUUGGCUCUCUUCUCUCUCUGCUUCUUUUCUCUCGUCUUGUGCUGCUCGUAGGAGGAGUCCGUUUCGCUCUUCUGCUUUCGCUGCCGCCGAACCCGGCGACCGCUGCUUUGGCAGAAACAAAGAGAACUGGCGAAUGCGCGUUCUUCCUUCUUCUUCUCUUUGCUUCACUUCUGUCUCGCCUUCUUCAGCUAGAGCGCCCGUGACUUCUCGCUGCUUCUCUUCACUCCCCACAAAGGCGUUGAAACCAAGUGUCUCCUUCAUAGGCGUCUCGCGGUUCCGUUCGUCCAGCGCCCUCCUCAGGCCACGGAGUCUUCCCCUCUCCUCUGCUCGCUGUUCCUCUCUCGCGGGUCACUCAGCAGAGGUCGACAGGCGCAUGCCUUCAGCUGUUUCGGUUUCUUCUUCGCCGACAACACCGUCUCUCCUCCGUGCGUUUUCCUGUUUGUCUUCUCUGCCGCCCCCCAUGCCGGAAGAGACGCCGAAGCGAGAGGAGGCGGCGCCCUCGGUCGCGGAGGUAGCCGAGGCGCCCGUGUCGAAGAAGGCGCAGAAAAAGGCAGAAAAGGAGGCAGCGAAGGAAGCUGCGAAAGCUGCCAAGCGAGAAGCUCUCGAGGCAGAGCAGCGGGCUGCUCAAGCCGUGAUGAACAAGCAGGUCGAGGAUUUGGAGAAAGAUGCCUUCGGCUAUCUCCCCGUCAUUGACUCCCGCAUGCGGACAAACCGAGAGUGGAUUCCUGUCGACCAGCUCCGCAACCACGUCGGAAAAACUGUCUGGGUUCGCGGACGCAUUCAGGAGUCGCGAGGAAAAGGAAGCGUUGGAUUCUUGAUGCUGCGAGAGAGACAGGAGACGGUGCAAGGGGUGCUGGAUGCCAAGCGAGGCAACACAAAGGACAUGAUCAAGUGGACGAUGAGUCUGCCGCUCGAGUCCGUCGUCGACCUCCAGGGCACCGUCGUGGAGCCUGAAGUGGAGAUACAGUCCACGUCGCAGAAAGGCGUCGAGCUUCUCGUCACCAAGAUCUUCUGCGUCAGCAAGGCUGCCCAGGAGCUCCCCUUCCAGCUCAGAGACGCAAUGCGACCCGAGGACGGCUCGGAAGGCGGCAUUCGAGUGAACAUGGAUACGCGAUUGGACAACCGAAUUUUGGAUUUGCGGACGCCGGUUAACCAGGCGAUUUUCCGAAUUCAAUCUGAGACGCUUCAGCUGUUUCGGGAGUUUCUGCUCUCGCGAAACUUCGUUGAGCUUCACUCCCCGAAGCUGAUUGGAGGGGCGAGUGAGGGUGGCGCCUCCUGCUUCACUCUGAAAUACUUUAACCGAGACGCAUGCCUUGCUCAGUCUCCGCAGCUCUACAAGCAGAUGGCCAUGUGUGCGGACUUUGAGCGCGUCUUCGAAAUCGGACCUGUCUUCCGAGCUGAGAACAGCAACACUCACCGUCACUUGUGCGAAUUCACUGGGCUGGACCUCGAAAUGACUUUCAAAGAACACUACUCCGAGGUUCUGGAUCUCCUCGACGAUCUCUUCAAGUUCAUCUUCAAAGGCCUUUCAGAAAGAUGCAAAAAGGAAAUCGAUCUGUUCCACCAACAGCACCCGGCAGAGCCUUUCACGUGGAUCGAGGAGACGCCGCGCCUUUCGUUCGAGGAAGGAGUGCAGAUGUUGCGCGAGGCAGGCUGCCCAAACAUCCCUGAGGACCUCUCAGAGUUCGACCUGAGUACCGAGCAAGAGAAAAUGCUCGGCAGACUCGUGAAGGAGAAAUACCACACCGACUUCUACAUGCUUCUCCAGUACCCUCUCAAAGUUCGUCCUUUCUACACCAUGCCCGACCCUCACAACAAGAUGUACUCAAAUUCGUACGACUUUUUCAUGAGGAACGAGGAAAUCACCAGCGGUGCCCAGCGAGUGCAUGACGCAGACCUUCUCACUCAAAGAUGCCUGGAAUGCGGAGUGCCUCCCAGCUCCAUCCAGACUUACAUCGAUUCCUUCCGGCUCGGUACUGCCCCCCACGGCGGUGCUGGCAUUGGCCUCGAAAGAGUCGUUAUGCUUUUCUUGGGCGCAAAAAACAUUCGCCAGGUAUCUCUCUUCCCUCGCGACCCGAAACGCCUGACACCUUGAAAGCAGCGCUCUGGAAGAAGUCCGGAAAACACAAGGAACGAAACACAAGCACUCUGGGCCAGUAAAGACAGAACCACAGGUCUUUUUUCAGCGUCCACUGAAGUGCCAGCAAUGUAACACCAUACAUGCAUAUGUAUGCAUAUACGUAUACAUAAGUACAUAUAUAUAUAUAUAUAUAUAUAUAUAUAUAUAUAUAUAUAUAUGUACACAGGGGUGAAGUCAACGUUUGUAGUCUCGAACUUGGUUUUACGCCGGUGUGCGUGUAUGGGUGAAGGAUAUAUAUAUAUAUAUAUAUUUAUAUGUAUAUAUAUUUAUACAUGUAUGGAUGUGAAUACACGCCUUCGCUGAUGGACGUGAAUGCACAUGCGCGUAGACAGUGAAAGUAUAUAAACAUCCAUGCAUGCUGCUGCAUUUGUUACGCCCUACCUUUGUGUUUUGUGUGGCUGCUGAGAAACUGCUUUUUCGUUCAAAGGCAGUUCAAAGAGACUUCACAGCUUUGUCUUUGUUUUUUGUGAAUUCUCCCUUCUCGAUGCUGCCAAACGAAAUUUGAUCGGAGAGUUGAGUGAAGGCGCAGAAUCAGAAAGACGUUUCUCUCUACGAGCGCGUGGAUGCGCAUGCGCCGCAGAUCGACAAAGGCGGAAAACGGUGCCGGCGACAAUGCGACAAUUUUGAGGUGGCAUAGUGCCGCAGCACCAUUUACACAUUUUCCACGUGAAAAUAUCACCGGUUGGGGACAACUGUCAAUCGUCAUUUCUUAACAUAAUGCCACGACGACAAGGAAACAUCCUGGACUCUUGCGACAGACACUAACACUGACACCUUUCCUACAUGUGAACAUACGGCAAACGUGAACUGGAGUAAACAAGCGUCGUUUUUAAAUGAGAAGGUAGAGACGUGGAAACACAUUCUGAGUCAAGAAGGGCACUGACGCUGCAUUCUAAGAAAAAC